CUAAGGUGCAGCACGGCAUUCCACCUGGAAGAACCUUGAUAAUAUAGCUAAAAAAUGUUUACAUUGUUGCAAUCAUCUGUGCGGGCAGCGCGCUCCCGGCUAGUCACAGGCGGGCAAGGGCAGCUUGGGGCGCGCGUCGCAUUCGCCACGGACGCACCGAGCACGGUUGUGCAAGAUGCGCCCGAGGAGACCAAGGAGGAGCUGGAGGCGCGCAAGCGCCGCAGCGUGAAGGCAUACCUGGAGGACGAGUUCGGGCGCAACGACCCAGAGCGCUCCUCGCUGGCGGUCCUGCUGCAGCAGCAUGGAGUAGUGGUCAAGGGUGGGCACACAGAGGCUGUGCGGCUGAUUGAGGCUCUCGUGUCACCCAGGGAACCCCAUAAGUAACCUGUAGCUUUCCAUGCUCAGAGGGGCUGCACCGAGGCGGACCUGGCAGAACCUUGGGUGGUAUUGUUUGCAAU